AAGGCGCCGAGCGGAGCGAUCGGGAAGUCCCCUAAAGCAACUGCAUGAGAAUGCACACGAAGGAAGCAGUGCUGUACCGCAAUCACCAAUGACCUCCGAAGACGAUGAACCGCUUUUUGAUGAUGAUCCUGAUAUCCAGGAGACUCCUGAUCAAGAAUGCACUGAUGGAGGGAAGGCUGACUUUUCACAUGUUACUGACUUGACAAUGGAGCAAAUGGAGCAUCUUGAGAACGAGAAUCGGCAACUGCUCUCAAAGGUCGGGGAAGUGCGAAACAAACUGAACAAGCAAAUGCUGACUGAAGAUUGCCUGAGAGAAAACGAAGACAUGUUGCAGUUUUACACAGGAUUGUCAAAUUUGAGUCUUUUGAUGGCCCUUCUUGAAGUGCUGAAGGAAGGAAUGGCACGUACAAACCGAAACAGUCUAACCUUCUUCCAGGAGAUGCUCAUAUUCCUCAUCCGCCUUCGCUUGAAUGUGCCAUUGCAGGACUUGGCAUACAGGUUCAAUGUAUCCCAGUCAACUGUGUCUAGGGUUGUCAACAAGUGGAUUGAUGUGGCCUUUGUCCGCCUCUCCCGUGCUGUGAAGUGGCCAGAACCUGAAGAGUUGCAGCGAACAAUGCCUAUGGCAUUUCGGCAGUGCUUCGGGACACGACUAGCUGUAAUACUUGACUGUUUUGAGCUGUUUAUAGAGCGACCUUCGUCUUUCCUGCCUAGAUCGCACACAUGGUCGAACUAUAAGCAUCACAAUACAGUCAAGUAUCUAAUCGGCAUCGCUCCACAGGGCGUUAUUACAUUUAUUUCUCCUGGGUGGGGUGGACGCUCGAGUGGCAAGGUCAUUACAGAGAAGUGUGGCGUGCUGAAUAAUCUCCAGCCUGGGGACUAUGUUUUGGCAGAUAGGGUCUUCACUAUUGGCGACAGUGUUGGUCUUCAUUGUGCAAAGCUUGCAAUUCCUGCCUUCACCAAAGGCAAGCCCCAACUUUCAGCCUGUGAAGUAGAAAAGACGCGAAAGCUUGCAAAUGUCCGGAUUCAUGUUGAGAGAGUGAUUGGACUGCUCCGCAAUAAAUACCGAAUACUCAAGUACACACUUCCUGUGGAGAUGCUUGCAUCAGAAGAGAAUGGACCCACUGUGCUCGACAAGAUAGUCUUUGUUUGUUCGGCACUAUGCAAUUUGAGUAACUCCACUGUCCAUUCGGUUGAACCCAGAGAUAGACAAAGCAGAUGAUUCAGCUUUUGCCAAUGUUUAUUGCUUAAAACAGCUCCUGUGAGGAAAAAUAAAGAACAGUUCUGUACAUGAAACAUGGUAAUCUUUGUUUGUGUUUUUCUUUACACUCGCAGCAGAACCAACUUCCUCUAGGUGCUUUUUUUAAGUUCACACAUUUGAAGUGGAACCACACAUACUUGCAAGCAGCACUCUCGCACAUGACCAUUUUGCCCGACUCUGGCCCUUGGCACAAGUAAUACACUUCCUCUUGCGAGGUCUCAGUCUUCAGCAGCUUCUAGCAGAUUUCCACUGCACCUCCCAGUCCAGUAAUGAAAGCAAAGUUCAGGCAGAAGGAUCAACUUGAA